AUGUCUCAACAAGAAUCAUUAGAUGCUCCACCAAUUAUUGAACAAAUGGUGAUGCAAUCACAAAUGUUUGAAGAUCCGAUCACUGGUGAGAUGAAUGUGAGUCAUACCUAUGUAAAACCAAACUGUGGAGGAGGAAAAUAUCAUGGUGAAUUAAUUGAUGUUCGUAUCAAGGCAAAGAAGGCUCAUGAUUUGUAUCAAGUCAUUGUUAAGCCUCAUGAUCAAAAAGUCAUGAAGGGAAUUGGAAGUGUCAGAGUUCUUCAUAAUGAUCAGGAACUUGUUGCUGAUAGCUCUAACUUUGGAUCGGAAAGUUCAAUUGAUCUCGAUUUUAAAGCAAGUAAUGGAAUGAAGGUUGUUGUUGAAAUCGAUUGGAAGUACAAGUAA